AAGCCAAGGAAUUUCUGGAACAACAGGAGCUGGGCUUGGAAAAGAAGGAUUCUCCUUUGGAGCCUUUAGAGGGACCAUGGCCCUGCUGACACCUUAUUUCAGACUUCUAGCCUCCAGAACGGCCUUGCUCUAUGAUGUGUAGCAGUGAAUAUGAAUGUUGUCAAUGGACACUAGAGCUGAAAAUCACCUUAGAGGACACCUGCUCUGAAUCCCUCAUUUCACAGCACAAGCAGAGAAAAGGCCACAUGAGGACCCAGGGAGAAGGUGGCCAUCUGCAAGCCAGGAAGAGAGCCUUGUCAGAAACAAGAUCUGCUGCCACCUUGAUCUUGGACUCCUGACCUCCAGAACUAAAAACUCAGUGCUGUUUUGGUCAAGAGGCCAAGCUAGACUUUGAAGACAUGAUGGAAUUCUCAGUUCGUUCAUGGUUCACCUUGUGGCCUAAACCAAGUCACUUAUCUCUGCGCCCUGGCACAGACUCUUGUGAAUAAUGAACAAAGAGCAGGGAUGGAACGUCCUCUGUGAACGAAGAGGAACCAUCUGUCUACCAGAAUCUCAGGAAAAACUCAGUAAAUUUUGGCUGCCAUUUGGACAGAUGCCGAGAAAUCACUUCAACCGAAACGUUUUGAGUCUGUUGCCGAUUAGACAUGGAGGCAGAUCAGUUUUGAUCAAUACUUGCAGCAAAUCAGUGCUCAGCUCAAGCACCCAAAGGCUACCUUGGGAAGUGGCGUUAAUUGAAUCACAUCUAAAGUGGAGCGAGGGAUUCAAGUUGCUCAUGGGGGACUCUUCAAGAUUCCCUUUAGAGAAUCCUGGGGGGACCUCAAGGAGAGAGAACACUCUCCAGAAGAGCUGGCCCAUGGACACAGAGACUCCCAGAGAGGCAUGGGCUGCAUCCACAAAAAGAUGCCGAGGACAAAGAAACAUGCAGGAGUCCAAACAUAAGCCCCCAAUCUACAGGCUCGGAGCAAAAGGAGUUGCUUCUCAUGUGGGCAGUUUCUCUAGCUUUGGUCCAAGGAAACCUCCUCAUGGCUGCAGAGCAGCCCCUAAAGCAAGACUAGAGGUAAAGCCUGCCAGCAGCCCUCUCCCCUCCCAUCCCAGCCUGGCCCAGAUCACCCAGUUCCGAAUGAUGGUGUCUCUGGGACAUUUAGCCAAAGGAGCCAGCCUGGACGAUCUCAUCGACAGCUGUGUUCAAUCUUUCGAUGCAGACGGAAACCUGUGUCGAAGUAACCAACUGUUGCAAGUCAUGCUGACCAUGCACCGAAUUCUCAUUUCCUCUGCUGAACUGCUCCAAAAAGUUAUCACCCUCUAUAAGGAUGCCUUGGCAAAGAAUUCACCAGGGCUUUGCCUGAAGAUCUGCUAUUUUGUAAGGUAUUGGAUAACAGAAUUCUGGAUCAUGUUUAAAAUGGAUGCCAGCUUGGCGAGCACUAUGGAGGAGUUUCAGGAACUGGUGAAAGCUAAUGGCGAGGAGCUCCACUGCCGCCUGAUUGACACAACUCAAAUCAAUGCCCGUGACUGGUCCAGGAAACUGACUCAAAGGAUAAAAUCCAACACCAGCAAGAAACGGAAAGUCUCCCUGCUCUUUGACCACCUGGAACCAGAAGAGCUCUCCGAGCACCUUACCUACUUGGAGUUCAAGUCCUUCCGGAGGAUAUCGUUCUCCGAUUAUCAGAAUUACCUUGUGAAUAGCUGCGUAAAGGAGAACCCUACCAUGGAGCGGUCCAUUGCCCUGUGUAACGGCAUCUCCCAGUGGGUACAACUGAUGGUUCUCAGCCGGCCCACCCCCCAGCUCCGAGCUGAAGUUUUCAUCAAGUUCAUCCAGGUGGCUCAGAAGCUCCACCAACUACAGAACUUCAAUACGUUGAUGGCAGUGAUAGGAGGCCUCUGUCACAGCUCAGUCUCCAGGCUCAAGGAGACAAGUUCACACGUCCCCCAUGAAAUCAAUAAGGUUCUGGGUGAGAUGACCGAGCUGCUGUCCUCCUGCAGAAACUAUGACAACUACCGGCGCGCCUACGGGGAGUGCACCCAUUUCAAGAUCCCCAUCCUGGGGGUGCACCUCAAGGACCUCAUCUCCCUGCACGAAGCCAUGCCUGACUAUCUGGAGGAGGGGAAGGUGAACGUCCACAAGCUGCUGGCCCUUUACAAUCAUAUCAGCGAACUGGUCCAGCUGCAAGAGGUCGCCCCGCCUUUGGAGGCCAACAAGGACUUGGUGCACUUGCUGACGCUAUCCCUAGAUCUCUACUACACUGAAGAUGAAAUCUACGAGCUUUCUUAUGCCCGGGAACCCAGGAACCACAAAGCUCCACCACUGACACCUUCAAAGCCACCAGUAGUAGUGGACUGGGCCUCUGGAGUAUCUCCCAAACCUGAUCCAAAGACCAUAAGCAAACACGUCCAGAGGAUGGUGGAUUCUGUCUUCAAGAACUAUGAUCAUGAUCAAGAUGGAUACAUUUCCCAGGAAGAAUUUGAAAAGAUUGCUGCAAGUUUUCCAUUUUCCUUCUGUGUGAUGGACAAAGACAGGGAAGGCCUCAUCAGCAGAGAUGAGAUCACGGCUUACUUCAUGAGAGCCAGCUCAAUCUACUCCAAGCUGGGCCUCGGCUUUCCUCACAACUUUCAAGAGACCACCUACCUGAAGCCCACUUUCUGUGACAACUGUGCUGGAUUUCUCUGGGGAGUGAUCAAACAAGGGUAUCGCUGUAAAGACUGUGGGAUGAACUGCCACAAACAAUGCAAAGACCUGGUUGUGUUCGAGUGCAAGAAGCGAGCCAAGAACUCAGCAGUUCCCACAGAGAACAGCACUUCUGUGGGGCCAACGUCCAGCCUUUGCUCUUUGGGAGCCAAAGAUCUGCUCCAUGCACCUGAGGAAGGACCUUUCCCAUUCCCUAAUGGGGAGGCUGCGGUGGAACACAGUGAGGAGAGUAAGGAUCGGACCAUCAUGCUCAUGGGAGUGUCCUCACAGAAGAUUUCUGUUCGGCUGAAAAGGACUGUCGCCCACAAGGCCACCCAGACUGAAACACUGUCUUGGCUUGGCAGCGAGGGCCCUCCCGGUCACUUUGUGCUGUCUUCCCCAAGGAAGGCAGCCCAGGAUGCUCUGUAUGUGCUUCCCAGCCCUACAUCUCCGUGCCCCAGCCCAGUCUUGGUCAGAAAGCGGGCUUUCGUCAAGUGGGAGAACAAAGAAUCCCUCAUAAAAUCAAAGGAGGAGCUCCGUCACCUCAGACUCCCAACCUACCAAGAGCUGGAACAGGAAAUAAACACACUGAAAGCAGAUAACAAUGCUCUAAAGAUCCAACUGAAAUAUGCACAGAAGAAGAUAGAAACCCUCCAGCUUGCAAGAAGCAACCAUGUCUUGGCUCAGAUGGAGCAGGGUGACUGUUCUUAGCCCAGAAACUCAAGCAGCACAAACUGUAUAGUUUAUCAGAGAUCUCAUUUCCUAAACCUCUUAACACAAAGACCUGGGGAACCUUAAAUUGACUGGCUUAAAAAAGGUACUUUAAAGAAGGAAAGCUGGUUACUCUUUUUAUACGUAAAAGAUUCCUACUGUGCUACGGUAUGGUUUUCUCUUCCAGUCAGUUGAAUCAAAGGGAGGAAAGCUGAAGAAUGCAAAAUAUUUGCCAUUCAUACCACAAACUUUUUUUUUUCCUGGGACUAAUAUCCAAAGCAUGAUACAAAACGUGACUAUAGUUUUCUGACAAGGUAGCUUUCUAUGUGGCCUGCCCGGCUGCUGCUUCCGUAGAACAAAAAUACCUGGAAAAUGAAUUUGUUUCCUUCCCUGUUUUUUUCCUGAGGCAUUUACUUUGUUCCAUCCAGAGCUUGCUUAUAAUGGAAAAAUACCUACAUUCCAAAAGUAGAAUCACUUCCUCUAUAUUUCAGCAUUCUUUACGAAUCUGGUUCCCACUUCACUACCUCAGAUCUAAUCAAUUUGCCUUUUCCCCUUCUUCCUCACUACGUUCUUACACACAUGAAGAUAUCUACCUAGAAGAGAAUUUCUAGAGAUGUAGCCACAAAUUUUGGCGAGUGGGGAGCAGGAAGGGGCUAUUAAGCAACAUGACAUCAUCCAAUUACAGGUCAACACAUGGUUUUAGUCUCAGUCAUAAUAAAAUAAGUAGCCAAGUUAAGUACCUGGAAACGUGGCUAUUAGUACCUCACACGAUGGCUGGCUAAUUAACUAAAAUAAACAUAACACAAACAUGAUGUUUGUCCUUCAUAUUUACACUGGAUAGAAUUAAGAACUUAUGGCUUUUUUAAAAAGCCUAAUUCUCAUGUGCCAUCCUUAUUUUUUUGAAGUAACUGUUUUUGAACUGAAUUUGUGCUUGUACUGUCUUCACUAUUAAUACUAUUUAGAAAUAAGCUAAUUGGACUAGAGGCUUCAAUAAUAGCUGACAGCAUGUACAUAUGUACAUAUUAUAUAUAUACAACAUCAGACAUGCAUGUGGCUUGGAAUUCUGAUUCCUCUUUCGCAAAAUACAUAAGUAAAUUAAAUGACUUUUGGUCAUGUACAGAAAAUCAUGAAGUUCAGUUUGUUACAAGAUAAAGAAAUUACUCAUAAUGUAAAUUGUAUUGUUUGGCAAAGUCACAAGAAUCCUGUGAGUUUUCUAUUAGUGAAGGUUAAUGAUAAAUGGACUCAUUUAAUUAUCUGGGCAACUGUUCACAAACUUCUUUGUCAGACUAUUUCUCUAAAAAAAUUAAUAUGAUCAUUUUCUUUUGCGGGGGAGGGGACUUACCUUUCAUGCUUGGAAAGCCUGAUACCAAGCUGACUUAAAAUUCAGACGCAAGUUGACCAACUGCCAAGCAUAUAACCUCAACAACCAAAGUUCCAAACCUAAAGCCAACAAUACCAAGUCUUAAUCAGAAACAAAUUAUAUAUACAGUAUAGCUUCCUUGGAGGAUUCAGACCAUUUAAGAAGUUUCUUUGAUGAAAGACCAGUUCCCACUUGCAUACCACCUUGUACUAAGCUUUAGUGAAAAAACUAGUGACUAGCUUUAAGUUAGUGUUUUAAAGAAUCACUUUAUGUACAAAUUUACCUUUUUCUAAAUCCAAACUCAGAAAUCCCCAUGGCAGGGCUGCUUAGGUCCAUCACUUGGUAUAUAAUCCUAUAAGAAGUACUUUGCUAGUUGCCUUGUAGAGAAAAAACAUGAGUUUUAUUCAUCCUUAAAAUUCAUAUUCUUUACCUAUGCUUUUCCUCUGAUAUAAACCAAAGACGGUACAGCUCAAUUUCUUUAAGAAUAGUUAUGUAACACAAAUUUUUUUCAUUCUUCUUACCCACCAUCCAAAAUACAGAGCCCAGGUUAGUUUCUAUGUAAUUUGUAAUCUAGGAGUUCAAAAGGUCACAGUCUCCUUAAUUAGUCAAAUUAACAUGGCUAGAAAGCCUCAAGCAUUCCAGAAUUAUCACUGAAAUGGAUAGGAAGUGGUAGUUUCACCACAGGUCUUUACAGUCCAGCAAGGGCCAAAGAAGUAUAGUGUAUAAAUUAAUAUUACUAGCUCUGAACUACAUGGGAUUAGCGGAACCUACAGAAAAAAAUCUGGAACAAAUUUUUUGUUUGUCAAGCCUAGGAUACAAAUUUGUGUGUCUUUUAUCAACUUGAAAUAAGUUUGGGCAUACAUUUAUCUGCCAAAACAAGGACAAAUCUUUUGUUAACAACAAUGUCACUUCUUAUUUUCUUUGGUAAUUGAUUUGUCAUUUUACUGGCCAUUUGUGAAUUUCUGUUUAAAGAUGUAUAAUGUAAAAGAACUGCAAGGUAAAAAACAAAUGUACAGAUUGUAAAGGUGAUUUUUUUUGAUAUCUAAUGUAAGUUUUCUUUGUGUAAUAUUUAUAUGAUAAAAGACAUUAGGAUCCCUACAACAUAGGU